AAAAGCUGCCGGCUGGCGCGCGUGGGAGGGAGGGGGGAAGCUCCCACGCGCCGGCCCUGGGUGACAGCCGCACGUCUCGGCCAGGAUCUGAGGGAUGAGAUGUGUCUCCACCGAGGUGCCCCACAGCACCCUGCGUUCUACAUGGGCUGAGAAGCUGGACCUGGACAAGAGGGCUGGCAGCAAUGGGCUCCUGGCUGGAUGCUAGACAGCUGGUGGCAGUGAGGAGGAGGGGCCUCGGCAUCUACAGGGCUGGGAGGAAGCAGGACUGGAGUGCGUGAGAGCCCCCGCCUCUCCCCGCUGGGCCCACCAUGGUCCAGAGACUGUGCGUGAGCCGCCUGCUGCGGCAUCGCAAAGCCCAGCUCCUGCUGGUCAACCUGCUGACCUUUGGCCUGGAGGUGUGCCUGGCCGCAGGCAUCACCUACGUGCCCCCCCUGCUGCUGGAAGUGGGGGUAGAGGAGAAGUUCAUGACCAUGGUGCUGGGCAUUGGUCCAGUGCUGGGCCUGGUCUCGGUCCCACUCAUAGGCUCGGCUAGUGACCACUGGCGCGGGCGCUAUGGCCGCCGCAGGCCCUUCAUCUGGGCACUGUCCCUUGGCGUCCUGCUGAGCCUCUUCCUUAUCCCGAGGGCCGGUUGGCUGGCAGGACUGCUGUACCCGAAUGCGAGGCCCCUGGAGUUGGCACUGCUGAUCCUGGGCGUGGGGCUGCUAGACUUCUGCGGCCAGGUGUGCUUCACUCCCCUGGAGGCCUUGCUAUCCGACCUCUUCCGGGACCCAGACCACUGUCGCCAGGCCUUCUCUGUCUACGCCUUCAUGAUCAGCCUUGGGGGCUGCCUGGGCUACCUCCUGCCUUCCAUCGACUGGGAUGCCAGUGCCCUGGCCCCCUACCUGGGCACCCAGGAGGAGUGCCUUUUUGGCCUGCUCACGCUCAUCUUUCUCACUUGUGCCGUGGCCACGUUGUUUGUGGCUGAGGAGGCAGUGCUGGGCCCCGCCGAGCCAGCCGAGGGGCUAUCAGUCCCCACCACGCCCCCCCACUGCUGCCCGUGCCGUGCCCGCCUGGCCCUCUGGAACUUGGGUGCCCUGUUUCCCCUGCUACACCGGGUCUGCUGCCGUGUGCCUCGCACCCUGCGCCGGCUCUUUGUGGCCGAGCUGUGCAGCUGGAUGGCCUUCAUGACCUUCACGCUGUUUUACACGGACUUCGUGGGCGAGGGGCUGUACCAGGGUGUGCCCCGGGCUGAGCCAGGCACUGAAGCCCGGAGACACUAUGACGAAGGGGUCCGGGUGGGCAGCCUGGGGCUGUUCCUGCAGUGCGCCAUCUCCCUGGUCUUCUCUUUGGUCAUGGACCAGCUGGUGCGACGGUUCGGCACCCGGACAGUGUACCUGGCCAGCGUGGCGGCUUUCCCUGUGGCUGCCGCUGCCACGUGCUUGUCCCACAGCGUGGCUGUGGUGAUCGCCUCCGCUGCCCUUACCGGCUUCACCUCCUCGGCCCUGCAGAUCCUGCCCUACACACUUGCCUCCCUCUACCACCUUGACAAGCAGGUGUUCCUGCCCAAAUAUCGAGGGGAUACUGGAGGUGGCAGUGAAGACAGCCUGACAACCAGCUUCCUGCCGGGCCCCAAGUCUGGACCUUCCUUCCCCAGUGGACACGUGGGUGCAGGGGGCGGUGGCCUGCUCCCAUCACCACCUGCGCUCUGCGGGGCCUCGGCCUGUGAUGUCUCCAUGCGUGUGGUGGUGGGUGAGCCGUCUGAGGCCAGGGUCGUCCCGGGCCGGGGCAUCUGCCUGGACCUUGCCAUCCUAGACAGUGCCUUCCUGCUGUCCCAGGUGGCCCCGUCCCUGUUCAUGGGCUCCAUCGUCCAGCUUAGCCAGUCUGUCACUGCCUAUAUGGUGUCGGCCGCAGGCCUGGGUCUGGUUGCCAUUUACUUUGCCGCACAGGUGGUGUUUGACAAGAACGACUUGGCCAAAUACUCGGUGUAGAGCACUUCUGACCCACUGAGGGAGGGCCUGUCCCACUGGGUCCCACUUCACCCUCUUCUAGUCUCAAGAGCCCCCACAGGGCUGCCCUCUGGCCUUCGAGUUUCUGUUGCUGCCAAAGUGUGAGGCUCUCUUCUGCCACCUCGUGGCGGUGAGGUGCAUAGCUACACAAAUGGGCACUGGGGCCUCCUUCUCCCUCCUUUAGCCUUUGGGGCUGGUUGGCAGCUCUCCAAAUGGGCUUCAGUCUGGACUUCUGUAGGGAGGCCAGGAAGGCAAAACAUUCGAUUAGCUCCAUGCACUGGAAUGCAGGACGCUGUAGGUGAUUAUCCGGGCUCAGGGUUAACAGGAGUGUCCUGGCCAAGUCAUAGCAGAAAAGGGAUUUUGGGGGCUGUGUCAACUCAGCCACCUGGUCUCCCCCUUCCAAGUCCCCUUGCCGUUAUAGGCUCCCCCAAUAUUGCUGUUGCAUGGGGGUUUUUCU